UCUGGUAGCCGAUGUAUUUAACCAAAUCGCUUCUUCAAACCCGGUUCACCCGACUUGUUUCGUCAACAUCGGACUUUAGUUCCUCCGUUGUGUGUAUCUCUCAAAGAUACCUGAAGAGUGAAGAUAGAGACAAAUCUUUCAGUUCGUGCCUGCCUAUACAUAUAUAUAUAUAUAUAUAUUUUCUCAUACUUUGCAAAGCUAUAUAUCCUUGGUGAGCAGCAGAACUGAUUUGCGUGGGGAGAAAUGAAGUCUUCUGCUCAAUCUAGAAUCUCGAAUCUCCAGAAUCAUCUUUCACCUCUUGAGGCAAACACCAAGCUCAGGAGUCUGGUCAAGAUAUCUCCACAAGUAUCUGAAGCCUUAUCCAAUGGGCGCGCUGUGGUCGCGCUUGAGUCAACCAUAAUCUCCCAUGGGAUGCCUUACCCUCAAAAUCUGCAAACAGCAAAAGAGGUGGAGUCAAUUGUGAGAGAAAAUGGAGCUAUCCCUGCAACUAUAGCUAUCCUGAAUGGAGUACCUUGCAUAGGUCUGAACGAAGAAGAAUUAGAACGUCUUGCAUCUCUAGGAAAAAGUGUCCAAAAGACAGCAGGCAGAGACAUACCACAUGUUGUGGCUACAAGAGGAAACGGUGCAACUACAGUCUCUGCAACGUUCUUGAUAUUCCAAAGACUCUUGAAUAUUUGGAAACUCAAGAGGUGUUUGUUGCUGCAUAUAAGAGCGAUGAGUUUCCAGCAUUUUUCACAGAAAAAAGCGGGUGUAAGGCACCUUCCCGUGUAGAUAGCCCUGAAGACUGUGCUCGAGUAAUAGAUGCAAACAUGAAGCUGAACCGUCAGGCAGGGAUUCUAUUUGCUGUUCCAAUUCCGAAACAGCAUUCAGCCGCCGGAAAUCUUAUCGAAUCAGCAACACAGCGUGCUCUUACUGAAGCAAGGGAACAAAAUGUUACUGGAAAUGCAGAAACUCCGUUCUUACUUGCACGGGUUAAUGAAUUAACUGGAGGCACUUCACUUGCCGCAAACAUUGCGCUUGUGAAAAACAAUGCCCUUAUUGGUUCACAGAUUGCAGUAGCCUUUUCUCAGCUGAUGUGAGCUUCCUUAUCAAUCUCGAGCUGAAGCUCAAGCUCAGAUUAAGGACUUAUCGAAGAUGUUAUGGAUUGGUAGUUAUUAAGUGUUUUUGUGUUGGUUAUCAAAGAUUUUUUCUUUCUCAAGAAACUCUUUAACCUAUUUUCACAUGUUAUAUAUAUAAAUAUAUCUUGUGGAGCCU